AAGGCGGAGGAGGGCAGGUCAGUGGGAGUGUUGAAGGAGCCAGACAACACUGCGCAGCAGAGCUGUCAAACAGUUGAAAUAUCUAACCAUGGCAGACGGCAAUUGUGUCUUACUAAUGAGAAAACAAAAUGCCACAUAAGAAGGGGGACUGUGAGUUUACGGUUUGAGGUCAGCUAUAUUUCGUGUAGUUAGCUAGAGUUACUUCGGCGUUGGCUGCAUAACUUCUAGUUUGUUAGCGAACUGGAGUGGCUAACGUUAGCUAGCAUCUCCUCUUGGACUGUUGACAAACUAAACUAGCUAACGGUAUCUAGCUACACCAGCGAGCUAGCCAACUAACCACAAUAAAGUUAGCCGGCUAGAUAACGUUACUCUACCAGCUCGUUCAUGGGGAGUAUAUAAAAUAGCCUGCAAGUUAUUAUUGCAGUGAGAUGGAACUAAGUUUGGCCUGUUUCAUCAAGUUGUUGAAGAGUCCAUCAUCUCAUCGUUUUAAUGACACACGACAAGGGCUGUAAAGGGUUGCAAAGGAGUUGUCGAAAAUGUGAAACUUUCAUUGAGUCCUCCACAGAGUUCACAGUGAAGAGGCAAUGAUGGAUCGGAACAAGCGCAACUCCAUCGCCGGCUUCCCCUCCAUGAGGCCUGACCGGCUCGAUGACCUGGAUGGUGGAGGAGGAGGGGAAUGGGCCCCGUCUCAGGUGGGAAGAGUGUGCCCCUCAUCCUACCGUGCCCUCAUCAGUGCCUUCUCCUGCCUGACGCGCCUUGAUGACUUCAUUUGCGAGUGGAUCGGCUCUGGCUUCUUCUCAGAGGUCUACAGAGUGCGCCACAGAGUGUCGGGCCAGGUGAUGGCUCUGAAGAUGAACAAACUGAGCAGUAAUCGAGCCAACAUGCUGAGAGAGGUCCAACUGAUGAACAGACUGUCCCAUCCCAAUAUCCUCCGGUUCAUGGGUGUGUGUGUUCAGGAAGGCCAGCUCCAUGCUCUGACUGAGUACAUCAAUGGUGGGAACCUGGAGCAGCUGUUGGACAGCAACAAGCCUCUGAGCUGGGCUGCCAGGCUCAAGCUGGCCUGUGAGAUCGCCAAUGGCCUGGGCUACCUGCACUCCAAAGGCAUUUUCCACCGGGACCUAACCUCCAAAAACUGCCUGAUCAAGUCUGAGGAGAAUGUCUACACGGCAGUGGUAGGGGACUUUGGUCUUGCUGAGAAGAUUCCCAACCAAGAUGGUGAGGGGGAGAAGCUGGCAGUGGUGGGCUCUCCCUUCUGGAUGGCUCCCGAGGUGCUGAGAGAUGAACCCUACAAUGAGAAGGCGGAUGUGUUCUCCUACGGUAUUGUCCUCUGUGAGAUCAUUGCCCGAAUACAGGCCGACCCCGAUUACCUUCCUCGCACUGAAAACUUUGGCCUGGAUUAUCAUGCCUUCCAGCACAUGGUAGGAGACUGUCCUCAUGACUUCCUACAGCUGGCCUUCAACUGCUGCAAUAUGGACCCCAAGCUGCGGCCCUCGUUCCCGGAGCUCGUCAAGAGGCUGGAGGAGAUCUUGUGUCGGUUGAAGGCAGAGGAGUCUGGACGAGAGAGGAUCCCCCUCAGUGGGGAUAAUGACAAGAAGACCAUCCCCAAAGGUCCAGGUGAAAAGGUCCAGGGGAUUAAGAGGUUAAACUCGUUGGGUCUGCAGGACGACAAGAUCCCUCCCAAAUCACCACGUCCUCGUCGCAACAUCUGGCUCUCCCGCAGCCAGUCAGACAUCUUCUCCCGCAAGCCAGGCAGGAAGGUCAAUGUCCAUGACCCUUACUACAACCCAGGCCCCAGGGCUGUGCCAGGGGCCCGCAAGAUCAACCCCUUCAAUGCCCGUGAGGACCUGUGCGGAGGCAAGAUCAAGUUCUUUGACGUGCCAAGCAAGUCCGUGUUCUCCCUGAUGUUCGACUUGCACUCUCUCCAGGACAGCGUGUUUUCCUCUGGGACCCAGACCCACUCUGGAGCCCCUGUCCACCCAGGCAUGUGGCAGGAGACCUGGUUCACCGGCAGGCAGUGCCGCUCUCUGCCUGCCUCCCCCCAGCUGGCCCUCUCAGAUGGCUCCUGCCCCCCGACCUCCUGUCCCAUCUCUGCCACUGUCUACAAGUGUGACCCGGCCCAGCUGGGCCAAGAGGUCAGGCAGAAGGUGCUCAGCGCCUGGGCCAGGAAAUAUGCUGUGAUAGAGAUCCCGCCGUACCAUGGAGGUCAAGAAAAGGUAAAGAAAGAGGAGGAGAACAGAGUAGAUGAGAGCUGGCUUCCUUCUCCCAUGCCCAGUGACAGUGCAGAGGCUAUGGACUGCUCUAGCAGCCAAGGGAGCCCAGUGGAGGACAAGGACAAACACUUCUACCCCAUGCAGGCCCAGAAUGGAGGACCAGUGGAGGACAGUAGAGGCGUGGUGUCUAUGUGUGAGGAGAUGGAGGCUGAGGACCAGGAGGGCAUGCAGCACCAGCAACAGACCUCCUGUUCCACUGUCACCCUCAGCCCAGCCACAAACGGAGGCCAUCUGAGUCCCAUCGUACUGGUGCCAUGUACGGCCAUACACGCCUCCACAGAACUGCCAUCUUAAGUGUGACAUCUAGGACUAAACAGGUCAUGGAGAAAAGGCGCUUUGAGAGAGACACUCCUCAGAGAGACCCUCAGAUCAUCUUUAUCGAUGCUUUGCAGAUAGAUUAUUUUUUCAAGAUUGUCUUUAUUUAAUAUACUGAAAAGUGCUUUUUUUUUUCUUAAAGGUAUCCCUAAACCAGGGUUCUUCUAAUUCCUUGAUGUUAUUUGUGUGUAUGCUGGUUUUAAAUCACUGCCUACUCCUUGAUGUUUUAUUGUGAUUAUAUUCUGCCCCAUAGGGAAAUGCAUGGAAGUACAUGUACAGCUGAAGUCGGAUGUUUACAUACACCUUAGCCAAAUACAUUUAAACUCAGUCUUUCACAAUUCCUGACAUUUAAUCCUUGUAAGAAUUCCCUGUUU